UGGGAGGGUGGGAGGAUCUCAUUCCAAUCCCCUGUGCCCAGUUUCAGCACACUGCACAUCUUGAGCAGUUUAGAGCCAGACCACGGACAGAAAAAAUAAGGAAGAGGGGGAGAGGAGUGUAGAGAGAGAGAGAGAGAGCGAGCGAGAGAGAGAGAGACCGAGAGAUCGAAGGCAUGUGUAAGAGUGGCACGUUUGUUGUUUUUAAAACGCGAGGUAGUGCUUGAAGAAGAAUGUGUGUGUGUGUGUGUGAGGGCGAGAGAGUGUGAGUGAGUGAGUGUGUGUGUGUGUUUUGUGUGAGGCUUCAGUGUUCAUGUGCGACAGCCUGAGAGAAGCGGCGUGUGACGGCUCGGCAGCCGUACUACUUGUGCAGACAGGAGAGUUGGAGGCAUUUCUUUUGUAGGGACUCGCAGGGAAUGGCAAACAACACAGUCUGCCUGGGAACAUCCAUUUCAUAAGAAUGUCGCAGGCUAUUUGCUGUACCUUGGUGAGCUGUAAUUGUGAUAGUUUCAAACCUGGGAAACUAAAGAGGCGACAAUGUGAAAAUUGCAAGCAUGGAUGGGUAGCUCAUGCACUGAGUAAAUUGAAGGUUCACCACAUGUAUCAGGGCAGUCAAGUAGAGAUCGUCCACUCCAAUGUGGUGUUUGACAUCUGCAGUCUGAUGCUGUACGGGACACAGGCUAUCCCAGUGCGCCUCAAGAUCCUUCUGGACCGCCUUUUCAGCGUUCUCAAACAGGAUGAGGUCAUCCAGAUCCUCAAUGCACUAGACUGGACCCUCCAGGAUUACAUCCGUGGAUACGUCCUGCAGGAUGUGGCAGGGAAGGUACUAGACCGGUGGGCUAUUAUGACGUUCGAAGAGGAGAUCGCCACACUUCAGCAGUUUCUGCGCUUUGGGGAAACCAAGUCCAUUGUGGAGCUGAUGGCCCUCCAGGAUAAGGAGAGCCAGGCCGUCCUCGUACCCAGCACCCGGACCAACUCCGACAUCCGGACCUUCAUUGAGAACAGCACCCAGCGCAGCCCCAACCUGCCCACCAAGGUGGAGAAGCUCAGCACGGGCAACGUGCACCACUUUGAGAACUUCAUCAACAGCAUGGCCUUCAUGCUGCCCUUCCAGCUGCUGAACUCGGUGCCUCCCGUCCUGGGCUCCACACCCAACGCGCUCCAGAUGGACGCGGUGCAGAGGCAGGAGCAGCAGGCCUGCCUGGAGGAGGCGGGACUGCCCGGGGAGAGCAGCCUCCUGGGCUCCAGCUCUGCCUCCUUCACCUCCGAUAUGGAGCGGGCCGACAAUCCCCUGGAGAUGGCCAUCACCAAAAAAGAAGCCGAGGAUUUUCCCACAAGUGACAACUACUCGGACGGCCCUCCCACCCCUUGCCCGUCCUCCGUGAGCUCGGAUGUCAAUCAGAUGUCCCCAGACAGCAGGAUGAGGUCCCUGGAGAAGAGCGGUGGCCUGAAGAAGGGCCGCGUGUACUGCAGCGCCUGCGAUAAGACCUUCUACGACAAGGGCACCCUGAAGAUCCACUACAACGCCGUCCACCUGAAGAUCAAACACAAGUGCACCAUCGACGGCUGCAACAUGGUCUUCAGCUCCCUGCGCAGCCGCAACCGCCACAGCGCCAACCCCAACCCCCGCCUGCACAUGCCCAUGAACCGCAACAACCGUGACAAGGACGUGCGCCACACCGGCUCCCCGUCCGAGGUGAAGGAGGAGAAGCGGGCCGAAUACUGCGCCAUCUCCACCGGCGUGGAGAGCCGCUCGGUCACCAGCUACAUGGUCAACAACGGCGACUCCAAGCUCCAAAGCAGCUUCCCCAACAUCAGCCAGAGCGGCAUCCUCUUCCCCAAUCUAAAGACGGUGCAACCUGUGCUGCCCUUCUACCGCAGCCUGGUCACCCCGGCAGAGCUCGCCAACACUCCAGGAACCCUCCCCUCUCUGCCCCUCAUCUCAUCCUCCGUCCCCAUGAAGCCAGCUGUCAGCGAGGCGUCCUCAGAACCACUACCAAAGAAAAAAUCGCGCAAGUCUAGCAUGCCCAUCAAGAUUGAGAAGGAAGCCGUGGAGGACAUGGAGGAGCUGGCAGACGGCAGCGACUCGGAGGACGAGGCUACUCAGGCCGGCAGGGAAAUCGAGGAGUCGGGCGGCAGUGGUCGGGCGUUUGGGCGACAGAUCUCCAACGACGGUGAAGAUCAAGGGCUACUUUCAGCAGCAGAGAGGGAAAACCUAUCCAACGCUUUGAAAAGGCCGUUCAGUUUCAUGCAGAAUUCAAAUGUGGACGCAAACAGUAGUACGGAGGAGGAUGGCUCACACAUUGUCGACGCGGGGCUGAGGCUCAGCGCGGAGGGCAGCGUUAUCACCUGCAUGUCGCCGAAACAGAGAGAGCACCACAUUCACAGCAAUGCCAUGGAUGGGCCAGAGGAUGACGGCUGUGUUAACAAGCCGCUGCAGGACAAGCCCUGCGACUCUGUCUAUGCCGACGGCAACCACAGAAUGGGCAACGGACCGUUGUUUCAAAAACUGGCCGGCGAGAAAGAAGACACGGAGGUCUGCGCAGACGAGUACGCCGAUCGCGAUGCAGAGACUGACCCUCACUCCAUGUGUGUGGAUGACAAAGACGACCAGCCCCAUUACUGUGAGAUCUGCAAUAAAACCUUCAAAAAUCCCUACAGCGUCAAAAUGCAUUACCGAAACGUGCACCUGAAGGAGAUGCACAUGUGCACUGUGGACGGCUGCAACGCGGCUUUCCCCUCCCGGAGGAGCAGAGACAGGCACAGCGCCAACCUGAACCUUCACCACAAGCUGUUGACCAAAGAUCACUACGGAGCGUCCAGCACAAUCUAUUCCACGUCCUCCCUUUGCAGGGAAAUUGCCAGCGACUUCCGGCAAGAUUUCUCCGCGAAGGAUCACGUUGGGCAGACGUCAGUGAUCUUUAAGGGCCACAACCGCAUGGGCCUGGUCUUCCCCAUGAGCAAGUCGGCCGAGAGCACGGACCCCUCGGCAGAGGCGUCAGUGGGGGACGAGGCGGUGUUGGAUCUCAGCACCACAGCCGCCUCUCGCGGCAGCGGCCACUCCUCCUGGGACUCGGACGGAGGCAGUGAGGAGGGGGUUCCCCUGGAGGACAGCGAUGAGAGCUGCGAUGGGCUGAGCCUGGGGGUGAAUGAGCGCCUGGGCCCAGAGCUCGGGGAGCGCUCCCCCGGGUGCCAAACCCCGCAGCUGCAGGCCGGCUCCCCCAUCACCUGCCAACUCUGCCAGAAGGUGUACAGCAACAAAGGCACCUUCAGGGCACACUACAAGACAGUUCAUCUCCGUCUCCUGCACAAGUGCAAGGUUCCAGGCUGCGACACCACGUUCUCCUCGGUCAGGAGCCGGAACCGGCACAGUCAGAACCCUAACUUACACAGGAACAUGACUGUAAAUGCUGCUCAUGAACAAGAGUAGGCUUCUGCUUUGGAAAAAAGAAAACGUGUCCUCUCAAACUGACUGGCUUUCAUUGUCUGUUUUUUGUUUUGUUGAAUUCUCUACAUUUGGGGGGAAAAAAAGAACCUGUUUACUGGCACUUUGGGGGAUUAAAUGCAUGUGAGAAUAUAUCUGAGGAUGGUUGGUCAUAUCAGUGUAUUACAAUUCAGCAUAAUGUCUCUGACUGGCACAAGUCUUACAACUUCAAAUUGUUCAUUCAAUAAUUUUUGGAUUAAAUGGAAUUAUUGGCAACACACUGUUUUUUUUCUAAAGGAUAAUCUGGUUUUAGGCAGUACAUAAAUACUAAUGUACCCAUUUUCAGUUUUGUAUCAUAUGGUCAGAUGAAUUUGAAUCGUAAUAUUGCUGCACCUGCAAAAACGUUAUGGGAGAUAAGUACCUCACUACUGAUACUAUGUUAUACCUAAUGAGAUCAUUAGAUUCAAAUUUUUUUUUUAUUCAUAUUUGCAAAGGGCCACUGACCAUCAUACAUACACCAUAAUGUCCAGUUUAUAAAUCCUAGUAUGUACCACUUUUUGUUCUAUGCACUUAUCUCAUAACUGAAACAUUGCUUGCCUUAGUCCGUUCUACUCGUCAACCUCAAACGUUCUCACUUUGAGGAACCAAAGUGCUGUCUAUUGAUGUCAAAUAAUAUCUGGUGCAGGGUUCCCCGUGUUGCGUUCUUUAUUUUAGUCUUGUUGGAACCAGACGAACAUUUAAGAAGUUCUUGUUAUUUAGUGAUGACUUGUCAGUUCAUAUCUGUGUGAGUUAAAAUAUUUUUCAGCAAAACAUUGUGAAGUUUUUAGUUUGUGGCAGUUUGGGUCUUUGAUCCUAAAGGUCUUUGCUGAAACCUUAACGUGUAGUGGUCCUGUUCAAUAAGUUAUUGUUUGGUGUUGUUUGUACAGUAUUGUUUUCCCUCUGUUCUUGCUAUUGUUGUUGCUCAGAAGGCUAAAGCUGACCAAAGAGUAAAAGUCCUCAUCUACGAGGGAAGCAGUAUUAAACAACCCUAAGAGAUGCUUUGACAUUUUUUUUUCCAAUGCAUCAAGCUAAUAUCAGUAUUCAGACUUGGGUUCUGUCCAAAGCAAACGUGUACAUUAUUUAAAUGAACUUUAUACCUUUUUUUUGUUUUGUAAAGGGUUUCUUCUAUUUUGUGAAUGCUACACUCACUGAAAAUGUAUGAGUAAAAAAAAACAUCUCUAGAAAUACAAUCAUUGUGAAUCACGAGUCACACAUUGACCAAGCACGAUUAAAAGCCUUUGCAAAUGUACUGUAUAUGAAUGAUUUAGAAAAGUCCAACACUGAGGAGUUAAUACUCCUGAAGUCAAAACACAUAACAGAUCUUCUGAUACAUUCAUGUUUAUUUAAUUGUAUAUUUUGUGAAUAGUCAUUUUUAAUCUGAUAGGAACCAAAAAUGUAUACUGUACUGGAAGUGUUCUGUAUAUUGGAUGCAUUGUGCCUCCUGUGAAAUAGUACCUACAGGUAAAUGGACCCUCUCUCCAUAUUUCUUUGAUGUUCUUCAUUUUGUAUUCUACAUACAGUAUAUCUUAUUUCAUGAUGCAUUCUGGAACAUGGUGGACUUAGUUUUAAAAUAAGUAUUUCAGUUUCUUGAGUGAUGUCACAGUUUUGUAAUGAGACAAACAAAACAUCCUGUCAAUAAAUGUUUCAUGUUUAUGAUUUAAUGGAUCAAUAUUCAUUCAUCUUAAAUAAAAAGCCAUAAUUGUU